AUGGCUCAAGAAAAAUCAUCUAAGCCUCUUGUUCUAAACAAUCUGCUCAUACAAAAUGUGAACACCUGGGGAAAUGUUCAGUACAAUAUUCCACUCAGGUUGUCCAACAACGAGACCCGGACUGCCACCAGCAUUGCGCACCGUCAUAUACCGCAUAUACCGCACAAUUUCGAUUGUAGGAUUCAUGAUCCGCUUCCCGAGCGUGUCACUGGUCGAGACAUGGUGGUUGAAAAAGAGUCCUAUAAGACAACAACUGGAGAAUAUUGUGUGAAGCCUAACCCCAAUAAAGCUAUGGAACGGUCGGACUGUGCCAGUAAUUGUAAAAAAGUUAUUUACAUGACUGGCGUAGAAAAAAAACUGCAAGGUGUAAACAUAAUACAGCCGAUUAUGGUAUCUGAGAUGAAAGAUCAGUACAAAGGCGUUACGAGGUCACCUCUAUCACCGCCGGAGAUAAUUGUAAAGCCACCUGAUCCGGAAUACAUUUUUGAUGUAGUGGCAGCUGGCAGAAACGAAGCUCCCGUCAUACCCGAAAAUGCUAGUGGAUUCAAUCGACUGCUCGAUCCUUACGUAUCUACUUAUCGCGCAUUCCAGAAACCUUUUACUACGGAUGAACAGUACGGGAUAGGUGCCAAAGAUCACAUAACUUUCUACACGGAGUCUAAUAUACCGAAAGUAAAAUAG